CUCAACUAGAACACAAACACGAACACGAACACGAACCCAAAUCCUAAAAUCAAGCCCAAUCGCAAUCCAAUACCUCUAAUUUGUCAAGUAGUCAUGGCAUCCUACACUCACUCAAGUCAGGGGACGCCCGGCCAGUCCAAGCUCUUCCUCAACCCCGCGGCCCUGGACCCAGCCGGAGACAGGGACAACCACACCUCCUUCUGGCGAAACCCCAGAGUCGGGAACAUUUACCGCAACACCGAGUACAUCACCGUUCCGAUCACACAGCCGCUGCUGACUACUGCGCCCAUCGAGGUCCUUGAUGUGUGCUGCGGUGCGGGCGUGGUUUCUGCCCGUAUCCAGGAGAUGCUGAAGAUGGCGGGCCAGGAAGUGAAGGGUGGUGGUCAGAUCGAGCAUGUUAGGAGCCGAGUUGAGAAGGAUGGCUGGACGGAUACGACCGUAGUCCAAGCGGAUAUUGCGAGCCUGCCAUUCGAGUUGGACAGCUUUGACUUCAUUGUAGUUGGCAUGGCCUUGAUGGUUGUUGCUGAGCCCUACGCAGACCUAGCAGAACUGUACCGCGUCCUCAAACCCGGCGGCCGCAUCGCGAGCUCUACCUGGGCAACGGAAGGCUGGGUCUAUGACACACGCGACGCCGUCGCAAACUUGGGCAUCCCCGGGCAACAGCCGGUUCCGUGGCCACAGAAGUCGUGCCAUUUGACCGGCCUCUGGUCGCCUGGAGCAUGGGAUGAUCCCUACUUCGCGGCCGCCAUGUAUAAUGCUUCGGGGCUUAUCGAAAUCAAGUCGGAGACCAUGCCCAAGCCCAUAACUUUCAGAGAUCCUGAGCAGUUCUGUACACUUUUCGAAGCGUUGCUUACGGGAACCGUUGAGAGAUACUGGUUCGCGGAGCAGAAAGAGAAAUUGAGACACAAGUUGAAGCCCGCUAUUGUUGAGUAUUUGGGGAAGAAGUAUGGAGGCCCAUUUGAGAUUGAGAGAUGGCAACAUUCAUCGUAUCAGGGCAUCAGGAAAUUUUCAGAUCUCGAGGUGAAAUGGGUCUUGUUGGCAGGCCAUGGACAAAAGCAGCAAAACUGA